AAAACCAAUCUCGAAGGCUCUGCUUUUACUUGCUGCCUGCUUCAAAGCAAAUGGGGAAACCGAAAAUUAUAUUCUAAACAAGAAUUUUGUGCUAUUUUCAAGCUUGUUUCUUACUUUACUACAAAACUGUUUUCAAUAUCACAGACAUAAUAUUAGAAAUGCACAUUUGUCAUUGUUUUUUUUUUAAUCUCGGAGGCUAUGUAGCGUCAACCGGACCCGGAAAGCGCAUAAGAAAUUGGCGGGAAGUGCGCCGCUGUGUUCUAAACGAAAACGAUGGCUGUGGUCGCCCUGUAGAGGUUGGUGUGUGUUACGAAUUGCCCAGCUUCGGUCGUUGCGCGUACUUAGCGAAGCUCUAUGGCCACGUUUCCUGCUGUUGAUGGCUUCCCCGUGCCUGCGGUCACCUCGGUGACAUGUCUACUGACGGUGGGUAGCAACGGCACCCGAAGAAAGCUCAUGCUCGAACAGCCGAAUCUGCGAGGCCUAAAAGACGCCGUGAACAAGUGCCGACUGUUGUCCGUCGAGGUAGACUGUGACAACGACAGAUUCCAGGUCCUGGACAAAGAUUUCAAUGAGUACAUUGACCUAGCUGAUGAGGAUAGUGUCCCUGAUCUGUCCAUCAUCCGAGUUUUAAAGACAACUCAAGUGCUGACAUCCGAGGGGAAUACUCAUGUCAUCGACGUGUUGAGUGAUGAUGUCGCGCUCAGCCUGGGAGACUCGGUACGGACGCUGGCGCAGCGGAGCAUGAUGACCAGUGUCAAUAUGGUGAGCAACAACUGA